AUGGGUGACUUCACCAUAGAUUCAGGGGAAGUGCCAGCGUCUCCCGUCCUCAAGCAAGCACAGAACAAAACCCACAAUCACGGUAGCCUCAACGACGGCACGUCAACCUCCCCGCCCAACCCGCAGUCAAAACUCACCGCCCUCCAACAACAUGUGCUGUUCUGGGACCGCGACAACGACGGCAUCAUUCAUCCCUGGGACGUCUACAGCGGGUUCCGCGAACUGGGGUUCAACAUACUUUUCUCUCUCGGCUCGCUUCUCAUCCCCUUGUUUUUCUCGUACCCAACAAGCCUGGCGCACAGCUGGUUUCCUGAUCCUUUGCUCCGGAUCUAUGUCGGCAGCAUCCACAAAGCGAAACACGGCUCCGACACUGGUAUUUUCGAUGUCGACGGGCAUUUUCACGCCGACAGGUUCGACGCCAUGUUUGACCGCUGGGAUACUUCGCGAUGUGGCGGGCUGAGUGCUGAUGAGAUGUGGAACAUGUGGAAGAAGAACCGUCUUGCAGCCGACGUGGCCGGCUGGUGUUUUGCAUUUAUGGAAAUGUGGACGACAUGGCUGUUACUUCAGAGAGACGGUAGAGUGUGGAAAGACGACCUCCGGGGUUGUUAUGAUGGAACCUUGUUUUGGAAGAUAAGUGAGUCGGUCCAGAAAAGGGAAUGGAAGCAGGGCUACGGCGUUGGGGAUUUUUUCGAGGGAAUGGUGGAUGGAGGGACCUGGAGGAAUUGGGAAGUCAAAAAGCAGCAGAAUGGGCAUCGGUCGAGAUCGACUUGA